AGGAGAGUCUGCAGCGGCCUGUGGCGACAGCGGUGCCCUCCCCUCCCUUCCCCGCCCCUCCCCACCGACCUCUACAAAGUAACAGCCACUCCCCCAGCACCACGUGGCCAGCGGCCUGCGCUGUGGCUCAAUCGGCAGCCGGCCGCCGCCGCCGAACUUCGUUACUACGGAGGUGCCGCUGAGAUGGCUGCCGACUGCUGGUCGAUGUGUGUGUCAGCGGUGCUGGCCGCCACUUCGCUCCUCAUCUUGUGGUGGCGCCGCUACGUCGGCAGCUUCUCUGGCCGCGGCAUCCCGUACGCCACGCCUUUGCCUCUGGUGGGCAACAUGAUGGACGUUCUGCUCAACAGGAAGUCGGUGCCCGACGUCCUCGUCGACCUGUACCGUAAGAUGGCGCCGCACCCCUACGCAGGUGCCUUCUCGUUCAUGAUCCCUCUCUUGAUGGUCAGAGAUCCCGACCUGAUACGCGCCAUCACCGUCAAGGACUUUGACCACUUCACCGACCACAUGGAGUUCAUCAACGCAGACAGAAGCAAUCUUCUGUCACAGCGCAUGCUUCUUGCAUUGAAAGGAAAGGAAUGGCAUGAUAUGCGAACUACGCUCAGCCCUGCUUUUACUACGAUGAAAAUGAAGAAUAUGUUCACGCUGAUAACAGAGAUUGGACAGCAGGUCAUUGCUUAUUUAGAUGGUCAAACUGCCGAUUACGAAGUUUCCGCCGAGAAGGAGAAUUUGCUCACACUGGACAUGAAGGACUUCUUCACGCGCGUCACCAAUGACGUCAUUGCAACCACAGCGUUCGGUGUCAAAGUGGACUCGCUGUCGGAACCGCAGAACUCGUUCUACCGGAUGGGCCGCGAGCUCACCAACAUCAGACUGACGGCCGUCGGCUACCUGCUGUCUCCGAAGCUCAUGCAGCUUCUAGGAAUACCGCUUCUCGACCGGAGUGCAACAGAGUUCUUCAGAUCCAUGGUUAUCGAAACCAUCGAGACCCGUGAGAAGCAAGGCAUCGUUCGCCCCGACGUCAUCCAUUUGCUCAUGCAGGCGCGUCGUGGCGAACUGAACUCAGAAGACGCGGCCAAGGACGGAAGCACUGAACCCAAAGGAAAGCGUCUGACCAACGACGAUAUCGCGGCACAAGCAAUUCUGUUCUUCUUCGGUGGUUUCGAAACGGUGUCGACGGUGAUGACUUUCUGCAGCUACCUGCUGGCAACGAACGAGGACGUGCAGACGAGGCUGCAGCAGGAGGUGGACGGAUUCAUGAAGAAGAGCGGAUGGCGGCCCGACUAUGAGCAGGUCAUGGGCUGCCAGUACCUCGAUAUGGUGAUCUCCGAAACACUGCGGAUGUACACGCCAGGUGUGGCGCUGUACAGGGUGUGUGUGCGCCCCUACCAGCUGCCGGACACGGAGGUGUGCCGAGGAGUGGAGGUGCGACCAGGGGAGGUCAUCUGGAUCCCCGUACACGCCAUCCACCACGACCCAAAGUACUUCCCAGACCCAGAAACUUUCGACCCGGAACGCUUCAGUCCAGAGAACAAGCACCGCAUCAAGCCCUUCACAUACUUCCCUUUCGGCGCCGGACCCCGCAUAUGCAUUGCCCAGAGGUUCGCGCUGAUGGAGGCAAAGGUGGUACUCCUAUACUUGAUGUCCAAGUUCAGCUUCCAGGUAGUCGCCAAAACACCGGUGCCUCUGAAGAUACAGCCAAACAAGCUCAAUCUCUGUAUCAAGGGUGGCGCCUGGAUUGGCGUGCGGCGUAGAGUUUGAUCAGAAAAUUGUCACAUGUCGUUCCACAGGAAUGCGAGAGGGUAAAAAAAUCUGACAUUCUUGAAUUACUUCGAAAACAGUACUGUGUACACAUGGAUGCAAUAACUCAAGUUACAACUGUCUGUUAACCUCACAAAUAUGUGUCUGAUCACGUUAUACACUGGUCGAAAAGAAUGCAUUAUUUAUAUUGAUAUGUUAUUCUGCAACACACAUUUCCUUCUUUCCCUUCUCCACUUUAUUUUUUAAAGGGAACUAACACAAAAUUCACGUUUCCCGCCUCCGUAGGCGCCGUCUGCAACGAAUUCUUAUCAGUCGGUGAAGUACUCGGAGGUAGGCGGUUAGAAAAUUGUUGCUGAAAAACGUUUAGCACCAGUAUUCGAACAGCAAGGCUUGAAAAGAUAGGGGCAUAAGGCUUGUGAUCGCGAGACUACAGCGAAAUCCUGGGUUAAACGACAACGUCCUCGCGGGAGCAAUCACGACAUGCGGCACUGUUGACGAUCCGUCCUCCAGCCCAUUGUGCUUUCCGAAAGAAAUAAAACCCGUACCGGCACUGCGAUUCACUGUCCCCUUUGUCUCAUCGUCAUAAACAACAGAAACACGACUUUACAGUAUAAAGAAUGUGCGGUGUGCGCACUGUAAGACCUUCGGUACACACACCAUCAGAUUAUUUGACUUGUCGCUCUAUGCGAGUGUCAGCAAUAUGUCUCGUGGUCUUAUCGUGGCGUGUUUAUCUUCUGCCGAUAGGUCAGGAGAUAGAAAUGCCACUUGCACGCUUAGAGUAGUACAUUGACGGUGACCAACUUUAAACAGAACUUGAUUAAUUUUCACACACAUUUAUUAAAAUAAUAACAAGAAUAAAAACUACUUAACUUGGUUCUGGAUGCUAUUUACAAUUGACAAUUGGAAGUUCCUUUGGUCUUGGUACGUUAAUUUGAUCUCACACAUCUCUGAUGCUUGACGAAGCGUCUAUUCAUUUAUCUUCAUGGCUAUGUACAGGAAUAUGGUAAUCUUAUUAGGCGCAGAAUGAAACUUGACUACAGACUAACACAGACUGACUGAUCGGAGGUGUGUACACUCGUUAUAAUACCUCGUGCGUUCAGUUACCACUGCGCGAGUGUGAUCCGCGCUGUUGUGCUUAGGGGGUCCGCGCUCCAUUGGGAAAGUUGUGUAUGCGCUGACUACGCGGAACUACGUACACAAAAGAAUGUUUGUGUCAACUAGCGACAGCUAAAUACCUCGAAAACGACGCAUCGUACGAAAAAAAUGUUUUGGAUGAAAGAAAAUAUUAGUAAACGGGACAUCUAUUCAGCGACGUAUGGUCGAUACGACAAAAACUACAACCACUGGGAAGUGAGACAACGAGCAUCUCUGGACUUACAGUGAGUUUCAGCGCAGCUAAGUUUCUACCGAAGGCCGACGUGACAGCCGAGGCGUCCCCUGAAAAGAAUCGAGAGCCCAGUAUUUACAGUCGCGUGUCGGGCAGAAUUAUUCUGCCAACUGCUGCUAGGUGUAUCGAAUAGUAAUUCGUGAAGACGGUAUAUCGUCUGACCUACAAGUUGCCACAUUCUAACCACCCCUCCUGCUUGGGUGUCGCCAACGUGGUAUUUUCUAACGGAAAUCACCGAUUUUUUGUUGCACAUUCGGAUUAUACUCCUAAUAAAUACUUACGGUUUACUCAAACAGCUCUUUUCCAUUCGAGGUAAGUGACGCUGUAAUCGACAAAUAUCAGACGUCUCGAUUUUUGCAAUUACGAACCGAUGCAUUUGAUUCUACACUUCAUUUACUAUAUAAAUGUAAACUUUUAUUUUCUAACGGUAGAUAUUUGUGAAACUUCCUGGCUGAAAGGCAAAGGUCCCGAGUUCUAGUCUCGGUCGGGCACACAGUUUUAAUCCGCCAGGAAGUUUCAUAUCAGCGCACACUCCAAUGCAGAGUGAAAAUCUCAUUAUGGGCAGAUAUUUACGUUCGACAUUUACUUUAGCGUUACAAAUUUGAUUGUACAGUACAGUAUGGGUAGUUGCUUCAAUGUCUGUUUAGAAACUGUGCUUAGCAUGAUCCAGGAACAACGACGAGGAUGUAAUACUAUUCUGUUCCCAUUAGGUGGUUUUGCUGAGUCACUUACUCUCGCGUCAUUGGCGUGCUUGACUUUGGUGAGUAACCACGGCAGCUGCGGCUGUCACAGUCACUUCACAGAUGUUGUACCUCAUUGCUGUUGUUUUGAUAGCCUCGUAGAGACCAGCGCGAGAGUCACGGCAGUUGGAUGGAAACACACAGACGCGUCCCAAACGUGAGUGUUGCUUGGGGCUGGGCAACAGAGUUCGGAGAAAACGGGAAUAGUGGGUCAGUCUGAGUGAGAGAGAGUGUUCGCCUCACUAUGUUGUUCAAAUUUCCUUACUCCAAAAGGCAAGGAUUGGAAUUAGUACAGAAUGACGAACACUGUGACAGUUUUACAACUUUUGAGAGAAUAUCCUCAACCUAGGACACAGUUGCUCUAAAUCAGUUGUAUUCACGAAAGACCAAGCCUUUACACAGAGACGGUGUCUGUUAAAAUAACUUACCAGCACUGACUACGUUAGCACCCACGACAUGACACGCACGAGUCCUCAGCCACCCAGCUAGAACUCCAUCUGCUGUUCCGAGCUGCUGCAGUACUUCUAGCUCCCCACUUCCGCUACGACCUGCCCGACCUAUCUAUCCCCUACUCCUGUCACUCCAACUGCCGGGACUCUCUCCUUGGAGGGUCUGCAUCGGAGUUUUGAUCACUUUCCCUCUCGUCGCGCCAGUCCCUGACUUCGCAUUAUGCUGGAUGGCCCUUGCCAGCACUGCUUUUCAAAAGGUGCGUAGAGAGGGAUAGGGGGAGGAGGGGUGUGUUGCAUAUUCGUGUCCUGUUCCUGCUAUAGGCUCUUCAUGACAUAUGCGCCCCUUCCAGAUACUCUCUCACUUAUCCCCCUCUUAAUCUCCAAACCGUAUUUUAUGUCUUGCAGUGUUAUUUCUUAAGCGCGGCUGGCGUCUUUAUGGCGCCACCAGCUGAAAAUAUUUCUUUCUACGUGACUUGAGACAUCUGAUAUUUUGUGUAAGCCUAUUGUUGUGCUAUGGAGUUCACAACUGUCUGUCUGACCUGUAACUUUUCCUUUGUUAUGCUCGUGAAGCUUUCACCUGUUACUUACUCUUAAUACUUGGCUGUCACACCCGGGAUACAAGACAACACAUCGGAAUCAGUCACCCUGAUGGUGAAGUUCGAGGGUGGCCACUGAAAUCAAGCUUAUUUGCAAGAGAUGACGAUGUCUGUUCAGAUUAUUCGUACUGUUCCCCCACAUUUGUAAACACUCAUCUAACAUUUCAGCAUCAACAUCAACCGUUAGAACACAGAAGUAAAGGACAUGUAGAAACAGUUAACUGCAAAAAAAGUGCUCUUGAUAUUUGUGGAUUACAGCGUACAGCGCCAGCUACAACGAUUGGGAGACAAUGGUUUGAGUAAAUCGUGUUUAUGUUUGGCGUACAAUCUGGAUAUGGAGUCCAUUUGAAAAUAAGAAGUUGACCCCACCCAUGGAGGAGGGCUGGUACGAAAGUGGCCAGUUGCACGAUAUGUGUGCCCGUUACUGUAAUUAACUUGCCAUCUAGAACAUUUUCUUCGUACGAUGCAUCGCUUGAGAUAUUUAAUAGUCAUAAUUUAAAACAAAAACCCAGAAUACACUAUCAUUAUAGUCACUUGCACGAAACAGAUAGCCUUAACUCAUCCGGUAUUCGUUCUAAGUAACGAAAAUCAUAAUACUUGCUACAGACCGCAAUCUACACGAUUUUAUAAACGUCAACCGAAAUGUAUAUAAUACAGGUCGCACGUUGUUUCAAUAAUGCUGUGUCGACCUCGCGCACGGUACACAGAUCAGUCCCGAGAGGGCGUAACCGGGUUCGCAGUCUUCAGCGUGGCGCCUCAUAAUUACGAUCAGUCGCUAAAUGUGUGGCGCAGCUAACUUGAGCCUUGUUUUCCUUCCGCUACACGACUCACAAAUGCUCCGCUCCAUCCGCCAGUAGCUGUAUCGACCCCCACAGAGGGCGCCAAUGUGGGGGAGCACUCGCUACGUCCUCCAUCACCUUCCCUCCACCGUUCGCGGAUGAAGCGCACACACCGCUUCGGCCAGCAGACCGUCAGCUGUCGACCAGUUCCGGCUGCCCAAUAGUUACCGGCGGCUGCUGCAGUUAGGCCCAGUAGCUGCUCACACUUCAUCAUCCAACAGUCAGCGCUGAUUGUCAAGUUGUUCGCUUUCAUUCGAUGCUGAAUCACAAACAGUUUACACCUUUCCAGACUAAACAACUAUCACAUUAAUCAGCCGACACCAGUGUUCACAACUUUCAUUUCAGUGCCUCUCGUCCAGUGAUUAACUAUAGUGUAAUUUUAUUUUAAUAAAUGACUGUUACUACUUUCA